CCACAUUCGACUCCUGAGUCCGGAGGGAACUAUCCGCUCGCUAUUUUCGGUGCUAAAUAUAUGUAUCCAGGCUCGCUUGUUUGUUCUUUCGAGAAUGUCGUCGUCGUCGAUGUCCACGACGGUUGAUGUUGGCUGACAUCCGAUCGUCGACGCGCUAUCGGUUCCUUAAUUGUCCGUCGUAGAUACACGGGUACGGAUGGUUAAAGUCUCCAGGGCGACACCAAACUGCCUCCAUUCAUUCGUUCCCUUUCCCUUCCCUUUCGUUGCCCUCCCUUUCACACUCCUAUGGUUUUCCGACUCCCCACGCAUCUCGACAACUUCAUCCCCCCGCCGUCAACCCAAGUGCAGAGCCAGCUCGGGCGGCCAUGGCGCGGCAUUCUCACUGUACGGGGGAUGAGGGCGUCAGAUCCUGGCGGCAACCAGGAGAUUCGCGUCACGGCAGUAGAAACUGACGGAGAUAGCCAAGUCGCUGGCUGGCCGACUCAGUUCUUCGCGCACCUCGUGCACGGAUCGCCUAUUCUUCGUGAGGCGCGCGCCUGGAUCCACCAGCACGCCCCGCCCAUCGCGACGUUCAUGCCCGACCGGAUCGCCGACCCGGAUGCCAACGUGGUCAACCAGACCACAUUCCGUUCUUUGUCCCGCAUUCUUUUUGAAAACCAAAUUGUUGCCAUCGCCGGCUGGGGCAGCAGCAGCACUUUCCCAGGCGGAGGCGUCAUUAUUAUCCCCGCCGAACACUCGAGCGCGUUGCUUGUCGCCGCUCUUUUCUUUGAACAGUUCCCCGACGCGCUUGCCUCUCGUUUACCGCCCACUUCGACGUCCCUCGUCACUCACGCGCCCCACAUGCAGCCCCACAUUCCUUCAUUCAUGUCGCCGCAGCCCAUGCAGCCCAUCUCGCAGUACUCGGUAUCGCCGCCGCUCUCCGCUGGUCCGCGACCCGGCUACGGGAUGGUGCAUUCUGCCCCGAACGUCUCGUAUCAACGGCUCGGCAGCCCUAGUCCGGUUGAGCAGCCUAUCCGACGCUCCCGGCAGGAACACCACCUGCGUCUGCAGCUGCCGACGUCGCCGAUCCAACCACCGAGCUCUUCUCUGUCCUCGUUCGAAACACAGGACGAUGCUGGCGCCCAGUCGCCCCAUUUUCUUGCCUACCAAUCUAACACGACGACGCCGCAUUACAACCGCCACCACCACUACCCUAGACCGGAGUGACGCAGGGUAUAUUACUCCCUGCGCACUCCCGCGAGGCCAGCCACGGGUCCCCCCAACAAAACUCUGCACACAACAAGCACUCAAUACCCUCUGGUCUCCUCCACCCACCCUCCCUACAGCCUGCCUAAUCCUGUCACUCCGAAAACGCAAACGAACUGAACUGUAUUAUCACCUCACCCGCUGUGUCCAUCCUCCGUUCCACUAUGAUUCCCCGUGUAGAUUACAUCUGCCUCUUUCUCCGUGUAGCUUUUUCUCGGUCUGAUCGCCCACUGCUGUAUUACUAGUUUGGCUCCCGAACUCCUGCUACUUACCUACCCUAGUGCCGAUUGUGUUUUUUUACCUGAACUGUCAAUAAAAAAAGGAUCCUGCAAAAUUGAUAUGUACAUGAGUGGCGAUUGUUCGACAUCAGACCAGACAGGACAUUGACGUUGA